AUGAUCUUUAUGUUUAGCCCAUUAGCGGGAUCUCUAAUCGACUUAUUUGGAAUGCGUAAAGUUUCAUUUGCAGGAGGAUUUCUUUAUUCUGUUGGAUUAAUCUCAGCUUCUUACGUUAAUUCAAUAUAUGGAUUUUCUUUAUUUCUUGGACCACCCCUUGCAGGUUUUCUGAGAGACGCAACUGGUACAUUCAAACUUCCUUUAAUUAUUGCUGGAUGUUUGGAAAUCGUCGGAGCGUUAAUAUCGUUUCCAGUUGCCAGAGUAAAAAUUGGUCAUGAACCAGGCCAGGACAACCAUGAGAAUAGUGAAAACAACAACAAUAUUUAG